AUGCCAAGACGUGAUGGCAGAGAUGGGGCCAAAGGUGAUAAAGGAGACAGAGGUGAUAUAGGAACAUGCGGCACAGCUGGUAAAGAUGGACCUAAAGGAGAACCUGCUAGACUGAGCGAAAGCACCAAAUUACCUGCCGCUAACGCUCCAAUUCGCUUUGAUAAAAUCCUCUAUAACCGCCAGGGACACUAUGAUCCUGAGACCGGCCGCUUCACUUGUGCCAUCAGCAGAGUGUUGGUGCUUUUUCAGGUGUUCCUGGCAUCCUUGCAUGAGAAAGGAUCAAAAGGGGACAUCGGGGAGCAAGACCCGAAAGGGGACAUGCCUGAGAUACCCAAUGCCUUCUCAGCUAGACUGAGCGAAAGCACCAAAUUACCUGCCGCUAACGCUCCAAUUCGCUUUGAUAAAGUCCUCUAUAACCGCCAGGGACACUAUGAUCCUGAGACCGGCCGCUUCACUUGUGCCAUCAGCAGAGUGUAUUUUUUCAACUACCAUAUCACUGUGUACUCUCGCAAUGUAAAAGUGGCCCUGAUGAAGAAUGGUCAGCAAGUGAUCUACACUAUGGACAGCUACCAAGGUGAUGAGGACCAGGCUGCAGGAGGAGCAGUCCUAGAACUGGAAUCUGGAGACAAAGUGUGGUUGCAAGUGGCUGAUAAACUGCUAUUUAAUGGGUUAUACGCAGAUGAAGAUGACGACACUGUUUUUUCUAGCUUUCUCCUCUUUGCAACCUAA